UAUUGCGUACCUCAUGACGCACGAGUCAGGUGGUUCUUCUAAAGGAGCGAGGAGCUGUCCUCGGUGCUGAAACGGCAGUCACCGCGCGCGCCAGAGAGAUGCUCAGAUCCCCCGCGAGCCUCCGCGCCAAAUAAUCACGAAAGGUGUCACCAUGUCAUCCCUCUCUCAGACCUCUCCGAUGGGCAAGCCUUCCCUCGUCUGUUUGGCCAACCUGCUUCUGGCGUUGCUUUCUGCUGGCGUUUACGGGGCUUCCCUCAGAGAGCACAGGCUGCUGGGAAGUGAGUCAGACUCCCUGAGAGGAAAUGGCCUCCAACCUCCUAAUGCAGACAUGCUGAAAGCCUUGGAGUACAUUGAGAGCCUUCAUCAGAGGAGCGACGUGGACUCCCCGCAGCAAAGCCCCCGAGCUGCGGGGCAAGACGUCAGCCACAUGGAUGACAUGGAGAAGCUGCGCCUGCUGCUGAAGCUGCGUUCAAACCCUGCUCAAAGUGAAGAUGAGGAGAAGCAGGAGGAAGAGCAAAGAGAGGAUAAGAGUGAAGAGCUGCUCCAGGCUGUGCUCAGCACACUCCAGCAGACGGAGAAGGCCUCCAGGCCGGCCCUGCUCACCCCACAGAGACCGGUACCGCCGGAACAACGCAGGUUUCACAAGAAGCUGCCUUUAAUGUUUGAAGAUGAUGAGGAAGGUGAGGAUGACAGCCAGGGGCUCUUCAAACGCACCAAAGAAAACGUGGAGGAGAAGUACACACCCCAGAACCUGGCCACGCUGCAGUCUGUGUUUGACGAGCUGGAUAAGAUGACAGCUGUGAAGGGGAUCCGCAAGAGGGAGGAGGAGGAGGAGGAGGAGGGUGAUGAUACAGAGGACGAAGACGUGUUUAAUGUGAGGGAUGAAGAUUACGACGACGUGGAUCCUGCACAGUGGGGUCCACUAGAAGACGAAGAAGAGGAGGAGGAGAGGGAUGAUAGACAAGAUCGAGGCCUUGAUUACAUCGAUGACAACGAUGAAGAAGAAGAAAAUGACGAAGAAGGGGGAGAGAACUUCCCAAUGAAACGGUCAAACAAGGCAGACGAUGAUGUUAAUUUGGUGGACUACUACCUUUUUAAAAUUCUGGAAAAAACAGAGGAAGAGGAGCAGAAGCGAGACGUAGAAGAGGAAGAGCAGAGGGCUGAGAGGAGGGUCUCUCCGUAUCCAGAUAGUGUAGACCCGAGGGUUAUCUACCGGCUUAUUACCAUGUCCCAGAAAUACCAGAUUCCCCCUGAGGACCUCAUGAACUUGCUCAAAACUGGAGAUCAGAAGAAUCAAGACAUGUUGCGUAAGAGUAAUGAAUUAUCCAGAGCAGGAAGCCGGUUUUCUCAGAUAACUCCAAAGAAGAUGAAUUUUCCAGUAGCUACGUUCUCCUCCAGACGGCUGCCUUACGGACGCAAGACGGCAGAGGACCUGAGGAGACAGGAGAUCCUCAGAGUCCUGGGGUUGGGAGGCGAGGAGGCGACAGAGCCCGUCAGGAAGCAGAGACAGCGCACCAGCUCCCUGUCACGACUCCUCGCUCGGCCUGCUGGGCGUUUGGGGGAAUCCCCUCCCACGCCGCGGCGCCUUCCCAACACCUUCAGAGACGACUACGAUGACACCGUGGACGAGAACGAACUGGCUGCUUAUCUCGCCGCUCAGAUGCUGGCGCGGUAUCCCAAACCUGCGUUCAGAAACAAGGUGGCCCAAAAGAGGGAAGACGACGGACAGAGCGCCACAGACGCCUUCGAAAAGGCGGUGAAGGAGUAUCUAGAUAUAGUGGACUCAGAGAAAAGCCCGAACACGCAGUCUGAGGACAAGAGGAGCGAUGACACACAAAGUUUGGAGAAUGAGGCCAUGAUCAAACUGCUGAGCUACCUGAACCCAAAGCCAGAAGAAACUGACAAAACUGACAAAGAAAUAUGAACUGUAAAUAUCAAUGUACAUGGAGGGAAAACAGAGUAUUUUGAGAAAUAAAACAUCCGGUCAACUUUAAUUAUUCCGUAGGUUUACAAAAACUUUGUAUUUAUUAGCAGAAAUGAGUGUUGACACAUUCACGUGACGUUCUUCUGAGUGAAACAUCCGUUGCUUGACGACUCGUUCGUGCGUCUCACCAGCCUCACACACAGACAGGCUCACACUCAUUUGUGUUUUUUGGUAACUUUUCUUAAAUGUGGUAAUAUGUGACAAACCUGAGAUGAAUAAAGCAUUGACGUUA